ACACAGAGUUGACUUCGGUUGAUGAUGCUCCUGGUUCCAAUGGUUGUGUUGUUUCUCCCUUGGCUGCAGUCUGCACUCGGAGGGCGGAUCAUGUGGCUGAUUAAGCAACAAGUGCUGCAAUCCCAGGAGCAAAGGAUACAGAAGUACUUACUGAAGAACAGCAAUGGGAUGACUGAGCCCAAGGAAGGAUUCUUUCCACAGACACUGGAUCACUUCAACAGAAGAAACAAUGGCACGUUCAAGCAGAGAUACUGGGUCAACGCCAAUCUAUGGGAGCCACGUCUGGGUCCAGUGUUCCUCUUUAUUGGUGGCGAGCACGUCCUAUUUUCAAGUAGCGUGUUGGCAGGUGAACAUGUGGACCUAGCACAGAAAUACAGGGCCUUGUUGGUCUCCCUGGAGCAUCGGUAUUAUGGAAAAAGCAUUAAUCCUGAUGGACUGACCAAUCAGAACCUCCAGUUUCUGUCCAGCCAACAAGCGCUCGCUGACCUAGCAACAUUCCAUGAGUUCAUUGGCCGACAGUACAAUCUGACCAGAAACAAUCGCUGGGUUUGCUUUGGGGGCUCUUACCCAGGCUCCCUCGCUGCAUGGUUCCGGCUGAAGUUCCCUCACUUGGCUUUUGCUGCUGUUGCUUCAUCUGCUCCUGUCCGAGCCCAGCUGGAUUUCACUGGAUACAACAAGGUUGUGUCACAGAGCCUGUCAAACCCAGUGGUGGGCGGAUCCAUGAAGUGCCGGUCUGCGGUGGCAAAUGCUUUCUCCCAGUUGGACCGGAUCAUGGCGGGCAGCAACACCUCCCAGCUGGAGGUUGACUUCAAGUCGUGCCAGAAGCUGAACGGGAGCGACGACCGUGCGUUGUUUGCCUGCAACCUGGCCGGUAUUGUCAAGGGAAUCGUCCAGAACAACAAGAUGAUGCCAGACAGGAACAUCACCAACCUGUGCCAGAUCAUGACCAAUCAGAGCCUGGGCUCUGUCUACCAGCGGUUGAUGAUCCUCAACAAGGAUUGCAUGGACAGCAUGGAUCUGCAAUGUGUGGACAACUCUUAUCAGAACAUGCUGACCUACCUGAGGAGUACAGAAGUGAAACCACACCCUACGUCAGAGCGACAGUGGUACUACCAGAUGUGCAUGGAGUUUGGUUACUAUCAGUCGUGCAAGGACAAGGGCUGCCCAUUCUCCCACUGGGCGACAUUGCGGUUUGAAUUGAAUAUUUGCGCUAAGGUAUUUGGUAUUGAUCCGGGCAGCAUUCAGGAUGCUGUCGAUUUCACCAACUAUUAUUACGGAGCUGAUCAUCCAGCAUCCAGCCGCAUCAUCUUUGUCAAUGGUGACAUUGAUCCGUGGCAUGCUCUCAGUGUGCUGAAGAACCAGUCAUGUUCUGAAGUGGCCUUAGUCAUUAACGGCGCAGCGCACUGUGCAAACAUGAGCCCUGAGGAGGAGGGAGACCCACCAUCUCUCCGCCAAGCCAGACAGAAAAUUGAUUAUCAGAUUGGAGCAUGGUUGGCUGAGGACCCAGAAUUCCAAGCUCUAGAAGACCGCAUGCCUUGCACACAGUGACUGGGUGUACAAUGUAAUUCCAAUUCAAGGAAAGCUUUUGUAUGUUAACCUGGCCUAAUCAUUGUGAAUCUAUUUUAAGGAAUCUCUCUCUCUCUCUCUCUCUGGGUUUGGGGAGAAUUGGGUAAGUUCUGAAGUAAGUCUUGGAUUUACAAUUUCCACAUGUUAAUGUUUGUUCUUUUGAGGUGUGUGCCCUCCCCAACCUCCAACACGGGCUGCUGCAGGCCCUAGGGUUGAAGGUUGGAGUGGAGGUGUUCCUCAGCCCACUACCACUUGAAGUACCAUGGCCCUUGUUGAGAUAGAGACCAGCUUAAUUCUGUCUUGGCAGUGUAUAGCCAGCCCGUGUCACCCUGGUAAAUAAACUAUUGAUCCCCAAGGUAAACCUUGAUCUGUCCAGCUGCUCUGUUUCCCUUUGGAUAGGGCGACCUCUAAUAUAUUGGGAAAGGGCAUGUUCUUGGGGUUAAGUCCUGAAAUGCCUUCCUCCUGAAGGUUGGAGUCAAUGUUGGUUGUACUGAAAACAUCAUUUUCAUUGCUAAUGUUCUGUAAGGUUCCAACCUUUUUCCUUGGUGACUGUGCACAAGCCCUUUUAGGGCUGUUGCUGCAUGUAACAUCCUGCUGUUGUCCUUCAGAACAAGGCCUUAGGCCUUGUGCAUCUUCCAUCAGUUUGGAUUUCAGUUGUUUAGAGGGCAGUGCCCCCUAUUGGCAGUAGACAAAGCUGCUGAUACCCUCACUUGCUUUCAUUUGCCUGUUGAGGUGAGGUGCCAGGAUGUGCCUCUUACGUUCAAAAACUAUUGUCAGCUGACUGAUUCAGGUACAGGCCCUUUCUCAGAAAUACUCCAUUGACCCCAAUAAACUAACUCCUAUAUAAUUGCGAAGCACAUAUUCUGAGCAAGCUAAAAGAUGUGAUCAAUCCUAAGAUGUAACU